GAGAAAAUGUGUCUACUCCCAGACUUUUAUUAUAUAAAAUUACACAAGAUGGUGUGUACAGUGUCUGUAUCAGUAUCAGAGUCACUGCUGUCAACAAUGCUGUCCUUUUUUCUUCUUCUUCUUUUUUUUCCAGCUGCACUUUAUUUUGCUGAAGAAAUCAAAUAUUUUGUUAAGCAAAAAUGUUUGUGCUUUAAUCCAGGGCUUUUCAGACUGUUUGUAGCCAGAGAGCUCUUUAACUGUAAAUUAAAUGACAUAAUUAUUAUUUAAAUGUGAACAAUACUGUUUGGUCUGUUUAUUGGAGCUAUAGGGGUUUAUAUUCAUGAACUUUCCUCCAGCAGAACACAACACGACAAACAUGUCCCGGCAGUUGCAUGCACGAAGGCUUGAGAAUGUGGACAAGAAUGUGUGGGUGGAAUUUACAAAGCUAGCUGCUGAGUAUAAGGUUGUGAACUUGGGUCAGGGAUUCCCCGACUUCUCUCCUCCCAGCUUCCUCUUGGAGUCUCUCUGCAAUGCCAUCAAAGGAGGGUUCUCCAUGCACCAGUACACGCGCGCCUUUGGCCAUCCGCGUCUUGUGAAGGCCCUUGCCAAAUUCUUUGGGAGGAUUUUGGCCCGUGAAAUCGACCCCAUGCAGGAGAUACUGGUUUCUGUGGGAGCCUAUGGGACACUUUUCUGUGCCUUUCAGGCUCUGAUUGAUGAGGGUGAUGAAGUGAUCAUUGUGGAGCCUUUCUUUGACUGCUAUGAACCCAUGACAUUAAUGGCAGGAGGGAAACCCGUCUACAUCCCGCUGAAGCCUCAAAAGGUCACUGGUCCAGCUGUGUCUAGUGCUGACUGGGUGUUAUGUCCUGAAGAGCUAGCCAGUAAAUUUACCUCUCGAACGAAGGCUAUCAUCAUUAACAAUCCCAAUAAUCCAUUAGGCAAGGUCUUCCAGAGGGAAGAGUUACAGAUGAUAGCUGACCUGUGUAUAAAGCAUGAUGUUAUUUGUAUCAGUGAUGAGGUAUAUGAGUGGCUUACAUAUGAUGGAGCACAACAUAUCAAAAUAGCAAGUCUUCCGGGCAUGUGGGAGCGUACCAUCACUGUUGGUAGUGCAGGCAAGAGCUUCAGUGCUACAGGAUGGAAGGUGGGCUGGGCAAUAGGGCCAGGACGCCUACUGAAACACCUGCGCACCUUCCAUCAGAACUCCUUAUAUCACUGUCCCACUCUUAAUCAGGAGGCUGUUGCUGUGGCUUUUGAGAGGGAAUAUGAAUUGUUUGGCACGGAGGAAAGCUACUUCAAACAGCUACCCACACAGCUCCAGGCCAAACGGCUCAGGUUAGCCGAGUGCCUGGAGAGUGUAGGGUUACAACCCUUCCUGCCCGAGGGUGGCUACUUCAUGAUCACAGACAUUUCCUGCCUGCAGGUUGACCUGAAUGACACGCCAAGCUCCACGGACGAACCCUACGACUACAGAUUUGUCAAGUGGCUUAUUAAAGAGAAGCAUUUGGGUACUAUCCCUGUAUCUGCAUUUUACAGCCAAGAAAGCAGAGCAGAUUUUCAGAACUACAUUAGAUUGUGCUUUGUCAAGGAUGACUCCACCCUCAAAGCAGCUGAAGAUAUUCUGAGACAGUGGAAAAACCAAAAAUAGAUGGAAUCAUAUGAUUCUGUCCAAAAUGAGCUUUGCAAAUUAAAUUGCUCACAUAUACCAGUAUAGACUAAUGUUGAUUUAUGACUCUGUAUCAAUUAAAGGUAAAUGUUUGCCUGUUUUUUCCUUCUCCUCUGUCUGUAGAUAUAUUAUAAUUGUUUUUGUGUCAAUCAGUCAGUCAUCUUUGUCAAAAGCCAGCAAAUCUGGUUAAAAGUAAACUUCACGGCAUGUGCUCGCACAAGUCACUUACCAGUUAUAGCUGGUGUUACAAUCAUACAGUUUAAUUCUUAUUAAAAACUUCAUUUAAUGAUCAUCUGUUUUAUGUGUGAAUAUAGGUUUAAUAUGACUCUAGUGCUCCACCCACAUUAUCUUGCUGUUUUUGUACCUACAAGUGACAAAAACAGCACGAUGAAAAAAAACAAAUGAUUCCACAUAUUGUAUUUGACUGUAUGUAAAUGAAAGCUUGUCCUUUUAUUUACAGAGUCAUGUGAAAAAAUAAGUUGGCUUUUUUGACAUAUUUGGACAAGCAAACAUUUGAUUAUCUUUGAAACAGUGCCUAAAGUUGAUCUACUUGAACGAAACAACAAGGACAAAUAGCUUUUUCAAUCAUUUAUUCAACAGAAAUAUUAAUAGAUGUGAUCUUGUACUGUGGAAAAGUAAGUACACCCUUGGCCUCAGAAGCUGGUAUUGACCCCUUUAGCAGAAAUUGUUCUGUUAAAGGGGGCAACUUCUUGUAGGCGUUUUACAUAAUUGUCCACCAGUCUCUGACAUUGGCUUACUGGAUUUUUUGGCCACUCUUCCAUUUAAUAUUCUUUCAGUUGCAAGAUGUUUGAAGGUUUUCCUGCAUGUACUGCCCGUGUCAAAUCCCCCUACAACAUUUCAAUGGGAUUCAAAUCCAAGCUUUGACUAGGCCAUUGCAUAACCCUCCAUUUCUUCUUUUUGAGCCAUUCCUUGGUGGAUAUGCUAGUAUGCGUAUGAUCAUUAUCCUGCUGAAAGGUCCACUUUCAGUUCAACUUCAACUUUUGGACAGAUGACCUCACAUUAUCUUCAAGCACGCUUUGAUAUGAUGCAGAAUUCAUAGUGAAUCAAAGAAUGCAAGCUGUCCAAUCCCCGAGGCAGCGAAGCAACCCCAAAUCAUAACAUUUGCUGUCCAAACAUAUCUGCUGUUACUGUGGCCAAAAAGCUCUAUCUUUUGAUUCGUCUGUGCAGAACACAUUAUUCCAAAAGGCCUGGUCUUUGCUUGUACGUUCAUUGGCAAACUGUAGUCUUGCUCUAAUGUUCUUUUUAGACAGCAAAGGCUUUUUCCUGGCACACCUCCCAUGCAGGUCAAAUUUGUACAAUCUCUUUCUGAUUGUAGAAGCAUGCACUUUGACACCAACAGUUCCGAGUCUUAUUAGCAGAUCCUGUGAUGAAAUUUUGUGGUUCAUGGAGACUUCUUUUUGUAUCAGAUGGUCUGCUCUUGGACUGAAUUUGCUGGACAAACUGGCAGUUGGUGGAAAUCUGCACCAUUUGUAGAUGAUUUUCCUUACAUUGGAAUGAUGUCCUCAAAUAAUUUGGCAAUCUUUUUAAAUCCCUUGCCAGACUAAUAGGCAUCCACAACCUUUAGAUCUUGGCAUUAUGACACCACACACCUCAAUAACAAAGGGAACACCAGACACUAGAUAUGAGAGGGGCAUAAAUAAGACAGGUUCCACUUGCAAGCUCUGAACAGGUUCGAAUCACUGGCACCCGAUCUUCAACACCUGAUUCUAAUUUUAUGGAUUUGAAGGUGUGAUAAAUGUAGGGGUGUACUUACUUUUUACAUGUGACUGGUCUGUUUGUUGUUUUUUUUUUGUUAAUUUUAAAUGUGAAAAUUACUACAAAAUAUCAAUUUUAUGUUAUAUUUCAUAGUGUAUCAACUUUAUUAAUAGGCACUGUCUCACACAGGAUCAAAUGUUUGCUUGUCCAAAUAUGUAAAAAAACAAACAAACAACAAUUUCCAUGGGAUGUACUUAUUUUUUCACAUGACUGUGUAUUUGUAGAGAAAAAGAAACCUGUAAGAUUUAAACACCAUGUUGCUGUGCAUAUAUAAGGAGUUGUAAUAGAAUAGAAAUAAAGCAAGUGCACAGUUGCAGAGGAGAUACUCUCCACUGUGCCACCAAAGUAGUUUGUGAUGCCAUAUUAAUUUACGGUUUACACAAACAAGUAGUUUUCAUUUAGAGGAGAAGCAGCCAAGAGUGUUCAGAGCUUCUUCAGGAAUACUGUUAAGAGUUUAAAAUGUAAAACAGUUUUGAUUCGUUUGAAAUUUCUAUGCGACAUUGGUAAUUACAUGUGUGUCUUUUCAUAGUGUUAAUGUCUUCAUUAUUGUUUUAAAAUAGUGAAAAUAAAGACAUCCGUUUUUGAGAA